UCUCAAAGUCUGACAGGCCAGUUUGGCAUAAAUAUGGGGACUUGCUUGAGUGAUUUGGAUGGAUAUGCUUUGGGAGUUGUAUCACCGCAUCACAAAACGACGGUGGCUGAGAAACGGAUCAACGAGAGAGGAAUAAAGGGUUUUUUCCCCAACUGAGAUAAGAUUGCCUGACGUAACGUCAUUUGUUUGUUAGAACAUCGCUGAAGUUUGCUUUCUGGAUUUACAUUUUUCAUGAUGCAAUUGUGAAUUCCGCGGACGCAGAGUAUCCCAAUUCCGAAGUUGAAGUUGAGUUCCCUUUGUAUCAUUAAUGGCCGCCAGGAGACAAUUACAGUGUCUGCUGCGGGGGGGUUGCAGGGGAAGUAGAUUCUUUGGGGCUGUUCCCGAAGGCAGCGCUUCUUCCUCUUCUCAGAAACUCAUCGAUAAAGAAUAUGAAUUUAGUGCCCACAAGGGUUGUAUUCUGAAUGAAAGGGUGAUAUAUGUGCGAUUGCUUCGGGGGUGUAAUCUCACAACUGGAGGUUGUAUAGAGAACAGUUAUCAUCCCAUUCCGGUCGUAUUUUCACAAGGAAAGGGAUCGUGUGUAUGGGAUCCGGAGGGAAAGAGAUAUCUUGAUUUUUUAUCGGCUUACUCUGCAGUUAAUCAGGGACAUUGCCAUCCAAAAAUUUUGAAAGCAUUGCAAGAACAGGCAGAAAGACUGACUCUAAGUUCUCGGGCUUUCUACAAUGACCGCUUUCCUGUAUUUGCUGAGCGUCUAACAAGCAUGUUUGGUUAUGAUAUGGUGCUACCUAUGAAUACUGGUGCUGAAGGUGUGGAAACAGCUCUAAAGUUAGCAAGAAAGUGGGGUUAUGAGAAGAAAGGAAUUCCCAAAGAUGAGGCUAUUAUAGUCUCAUGCUGUGGCUGCUUCCAUGGUCGCACGUUAGCUGUUAUAUCUAUGAGCUGUGACAAUGAAGCUACCCGUGGUUUUGGUCCUUUAUUGCCUGGUCAUCUUAAAGUUGAUUUUGGAGAUGCAAAUGCCCUUGAAAAGAUCUUCAAAGAAAAUGGAGAACGCAUAGCUGGAUUUCUUUUUGAACCCAUCCAAGGUGAAGCUGGGGUAAUAAUUCCUCCAGAUGGCUAUUUAAGAACCGUCAGAGAUCUCUGCUCCAGAUAUAAUGUGCUGAUGAUAGCUGAUGAAAUACAAACUGGAUUAGGAAGGACAGGGAAAAUGUUGGCUUGUGACUGGGAAGAAGUUCGCCCAGAUGUAGUGAUAUUAGGGAAAGCUUUGGGUGGAGGAGUCAUGCCUGUUAGUGCAGUUCUUGCAGACAAAGACAUAAUGCUUUGCAUUCAACCUGGAGAACAUGGAAGCACCUUUGGAGGAAAUCCCUUGGCCAGUGCAAUUGCAGUUGCCUCACUAGAUGUAAUCAGAGACGAGGGACUUGCUGAGAGGUCUGCCCAACUGGGGAAGGAGCUUACUGAUCAGCUGCUUAAGGUUCAACACCGGUACCCUAACUACAUAAAGGAAGUUCGUGGAAGGGGUUUGUUCAAUGCUGUGGAACUCUACAGCAAAAAUCUGUCCCCUGUUUCGGCCUAUGAUUUAUGCCAAAAACUGAAGGAUAGAGGAGUUCUUGCCAAGCCAACUCAUGAUACAAUUGUCCGCUUUACUCCCCCACUUUGCAUGAGUUCGGAGGAGAUCCAAGUAGGUUCGAAUGCCCUGGCUGAUGUUCUGGAAAUUGAUCUACCGAAGAUGCAGAAGAUGAAGCCAAAAGAUGUCUCUGCAGCGGCCCCUAGUGCAUGUGACCGUUGUGGGCGAGUCUUGUAUGGUUAACUGUAUUUUGCCUGUACUCCAAUUAUUUUAUGGGACUCGUGUGACGUGAAAAAUUAUUCGAAUAAUCAUAAACCAAGCUAUCUAAUCCCUUUGGCAGUGGGAUCGCUCAUGUCAGACUGGACUGUAGUUUAAUUGGAAAUAAGCUCUUUUUCAUCUGUCA